UUGGGAAGAUGGUCUCUUACCAGGUGUCAUGUACAGACUUCUGCUUCUGAUCCAGCCCCAAAGACAUUAGGGAAAGGGGUGAGACCCCCCCCCUCUCCCAUUUCUGGACCAGAGUCUGCCAAUCACCCUGCCUUCGAAGGCUCAAGCUGCUGGGAAGUUACUAUGCAGCUUGGACUAUUUUUAGUGGUGGUUUUUCUAAACGCAGUGGAUUUCACAGGCAGCAGUGGCGGCAAAGCACUGAAAGGCAAGAGGCAAAGGCGAAUCAGCACAGAGAUGAGCCAGGGUUGUGCCAAAGGCUGUGAGCUGUGCUCUGAAUUCAAUGGGUGCCUCAAGUGUUCACCAAAACUUUUCAUCCUUCUGGAGAGGAAUGAUAUCCGGCAGACGGGAAUUUGCCUGCCCUCUUGUCCCCUGGGCUACUUUGAUGUGCGCAAUCCAGACAUGAACAAAUGCAUCAAAUGCAAAAUUGAGAACUGUGAAGACUGCUUCAGCAGAAGCUUUUGCACCAAAUGUAAGGAAGGCUUGUUCUUGCACAAAGGGAAGUGUUAUACAGCCUGUCCUGAAGGCUCCUCUGCUGCCAAUGGCACUGUAGAAUGCAGUGGUCCUGCACAAUGUGAAAUGAGUGAGUGGGGUCCCUGGGGCCCUUGCUCUAAGAGAAGAAAACGGUGUGGCUUCCGGAGGGGCAACGAAGGGCGUUCCCGCAAGAUCCUCCAGGCCCCCAGUGGGGAUGUGUCCUUGUGUCCAGCCACCACAGAGUUCCGGAGAUGCACGGUGCAGAGGACCCAGUGCCCAGAAGGACAGAAAAAGAAAAAAGAAGGCAAGCGAGACAAUGAGGACAGAAACCAAAAAGACGCCAAAGACAGCAGGUCCAGCGGCAAGAGGAAAAAAGGGCAGCUAAGGGGCACAGUUGUGCCGGUGACUUCUGCCCUGUAGCUGUCCCUCCACAGCUACAUGAUGGCAAAACUUCAUUGCUGCUAUGUACAUGAAAGCUUUAUUGAACUAGGACGCUGCACCACACCACCACAGGACACAGCUGGACUCCGCACACAGGCCCAGGCCCAUAUGUAUUCCACGUAUAUCUGAAACAUGCCCAUUCUUUGGGAGAGCAACGAAGGACUCUCCCGGGUGACAUGAAAGCCCUUCCGCCUGAGACCCCGGAGAGCUGCUGCCAGUCUGAGUAGACAAGACUGACUUCGAUAGACCAAAGGUCUGGUUCAGUAUAAGGCAAACUCAUGGGAGUGUCACAGACUUUCUGCGGGGACCUUAAAGCCAGGAAAUGAACAUUUCCAUCAAGAUGGACCCUUGAGACGGAGCAUUCCCCAGCUGAAGUGACUGGGGGCAGAAGACAGUUUCUGAUGCAGAGGAGGAGACUGGAAGCAACUUGUUCAAAAUCUGGAAUGGCACGAAGAUUGCCUUUGUGUCUCAAGCUCUGUCGUUGAUAAUAUAUUUUAAUUGUUUGUGAUAAACAUUCAAAUUUCAGAAUU